UGUGACUCGACACAAUCCUGUCUCGGAGUCUUUAUUAUCGAAGAUGCCCAAAUAAUAAUUUAUAGUUGAACGAAAAUAUGAUACAAGUUGAGCCAACUGAACAUUUUAAGUUCAGGUAACACAUUGAUCGAAAAGUUGAGUAAACUGAAAAAGUAUGUGGAAUCAGUUACUUAAUAAUAAUGAGUUGGAACAAUUAACAAAUUCUUACAGUGCUUCUUGUGUCUGAUUUACGAUAAUCCCCCGACAACCCCCCUGGUCACAGGUCUUCAGUCUAAUGUGAAGUGUAUUUAUCUACUUCACUCUGUUCCUCUAAGCCAAGCACAAGAGAAAUGGUUGAUUCUUCUACAUCUGGGUAUUCAGUGUGUGUUCUGGAGCCAGAAUGCAUAUUUUUCAGAACCUCACACAAAUUGCACUGAUAUAAACACUGAUAAGAAAAAGCAAGCUGUCUCCCUCCUUUGUAUACAGCAGUACAGUGUCUAAAGACAAUUUUCUCCUUUGGGACAUUAAAAUAUCCUAAAGACAGUGUUGUGAUUGUGACUCAUUUGCAUGUAUUUUGCAUAGUCUCACACACCUCAGCUGACUCUGCAGUAGAUUCCCACUGAUCCGGUUCUCUUCCCUAGAGAAUGGCUACAGUCAACUUCUAGGCAACUGGAUGGUGCAAUUUCUCUCUCUCUCUCUCUCACACACACACACACUGAUUUCCUAAAAUCAAGAGGUGGAAAUGCAAUUAAGUUUUAGUGUCUUUAGUGGUGCCCCACCCAUCAAACAAUGAAUGCAAUGCAUGAACACCCAUACGAAAGGCUAUCUCCAGGCUGAAAACAACCCGGACAGGACUGUUGUGUCUCUGGGGCUUGUGUCAUUUCUUAACCAAGGUGAGUUGUUGCCCUGGGCAGAGAAUCAGACAAAGGAAUGUAAACAGACUAGAGUGACCAGAGCCAUAAGUGUGGUAUUUUAUAUCACUUGCACUUCUAGAGGCCUAACAAAGGCUUCCAAACUGGUAUUCACUGAUUUGCUGUAAUAUGUAAACACAAUUCCAAGCGGCCAACCUGCUGGCACCAAUCCCAUACAAUUAUGGUAAAAUACUGUAAAAUGCAAACCCCAUCUCCUUAAUUAAUUUAAUUAAUUUAUCCAUCAUUAAUUAAUUAUUUACAAUUACCAUACAAAUAUUACAGUAAUGCACUGUACUGUUGUUUUACAGUAACUUACAGGCAGACAGUUGCUUGUAAGCUACCAUAAAAACGACAGCAAAAAAGAUCACAGUAACAUUAUUGGAUACUGUAAAAUAUGGUACAGUAACAUACUGUACCUUUUUUAUGGUAACUUACAGGCAACUGGCUGCCUGUAAAUUACAGUAAAAACAACAGGAAAGGUUUUACAGUGUACACAGGUGACUGCUCAAUGAAUAUGAAACACAUUAAUUCAGUGCAUGCAGAGGCGCGCCGAGAUUUACACGUAGGUCUCUACAGCGGCUUAACAAACGGUGCUUCCAAUGUGCGCAACGUAAAGAUAAGGCGACAGUAUUUGGUAAUAUCCCCGGAGGAGCCCUCCAAGUCGUCACCAUAGUCCAUACGCCUCCUGUUGUUGCUUUACUUCCUCUGUUAAACUGAUAUUGUCUUGCUUCAACAACACACUGGUCUGUUCGCACUUCAGGCGCGGGACAGCAUGACUGGCGGACUCAAGGACGGCGAAACUGACGAGGGAUUUCUGCAUUCGCCGUUCAUCAGGAAACAAGGGAACAUAUACAAACCUAAUAACAAAGACAUGGAUAACGACAGUAUGAGCGGGAUGAAGACGAUGCAGGACAUCCACACGAAAGAGAUCGACCUGGUGAACCGGGACCCCAAGUACUUAAACGACGACGUUGUCAAGGUGGAGUUUGAGGAUGUGAUCGCCGAGCCUGCAGGGACGUACAGCUUUGACGGCGUGUGGAAGGCUAGCUUCACCACCUUCACGGUGACCAAGUACUGGUGCUACCGUCUCCUCACCGCCCUGGUGGGCAUCCCGCUGGCACUGGUCUGGGGCAUCUUCUUCGCCAUCCUGUCAUUCAUCCACAUCUGGGCAGUGGUGCCUUGCAUCAAGAGCUAUCUGAUCGAGAUCCACUGUGUCAGCCGUGUCUACUCCAUCUGCAUCCACACCUUCUGCGAUCCUCUGUUUGAGGCCAUGGGCAAGUGCUUCAGCAGCGUCCGCAUCAGCACCACCAAGGAGGUGUAGAGAAGAGGAUGAAGGAGAAGAGGAAAAGUAAUGGAGGAUGAGGGGAGGAUGGUGGGAAUGAGGUGAGGGCUGGAAACCAUAACAUAUUGUAAAGGGAGAGAAGUAACCUGAAGAAACAGAAAUAAAAGAGAGGGAGCAACCUUUUUGAUAAAAGAAGAGGUGAGACAUUUCUAGAGCUGUGGGCGGGAUGUUGGCGUUGAGGGGGUAGAGUCACAGAGAGAGCACCUGGUCCCGCCGCUCUUUCUCCGUCUCCCUCGACGACGAUGGUUUCUCUCUCCAGUGCUGGUUUAACCAACAGGGACACAGGAUUAUGUCGAGGGUCAUUCCUUGGGGUCUUUGUUUUUAUUUAGUUUUUUUGUUAGGGUUGUUUAUAAUUGCAGGAGCACCACCACGCUAGCCCCCCUAACCCCACCCCCAUCCCCACUCCAUUAUUCCUUCCAUUGUUCCGAAAUGUUGUGUGAUCCACUCUAUGAUUAUAGCUUGUUGAAUGAAGGGUAUGAUUGAUUGAAUUAUUGACUGAUUGAUUAGUUAGUUAAUUGAUUGAUAGGCUCAUAUGAUGGAUGUUGGUGUCCUCUCUGCUGGGCUUGUGUGCCUAUUUUUGGGAGGGUAAUGGUUUGGGUGCGGGAAAGGAAAGGGAUAUCCCUAUGCCUGUUUGGAGAGAGUUGACAAAUCCCACCUGACACAGCACAAAAUCCUAGAGACAAAACCCUCUCAGUCCCCCUACCCCCACCUGACCCUCUCUCACACCCUCCACCCCCCUAUGCCUGCCCUGCCUCCCAGUCUGAAACACUGGACCUGCCCUUGUUUCUGCAUGCAUCACCACCCCUCUACAAAGCCACCGAGCCAACCAACACACUGCUGUCAUUCUGUAUGCCCUGACAGACAGACAGACAGACAGCUAUAAGACAACCUCGCUCACAGAGCCUGCAUUCUACUCAGCCCAGUACCACAUAAUGAUAUCAAAAUCACUCUCUCCAUCAACACUCUGUUCUGUUCCAGCUCCAAUCCAAGCAAGAGAGACGAAAUUCUAUGACAACAAUCAAGUCUUCGAUCGAAACAGCCUUCAUGGUAUAUACUGUUUUUCUAUGUGACGGAGAAUGUUUGCCUUUGAAUCUCAGAGAAAUAUCACUUGAACUUUGUUUCAUUGCAUUCACACCUAGGGAUCUUGUGCUUUGUUUGCCCAAUGUAUGCACAUUUUGAGUUGCAUUGUCAUGUCUUUUUUUUCAUUUCUUUUUUUUAUUCCCCAAUGAGUUUUGAGUUUAAUCCCUGAUUGAAUAGUUUGGUCUGGUGUAGAGUUCUGUUUAUUGACUGUCGACCACAGGAGGCUGCUGAGGGGAGGACGGCUCAUAAUAAUGUCUGGAAUGGAGUAAAUGGAAUGGUAUCAAACAC